CCAGUAUCUGGAUCAGAGACCAGUCUAUAUAAGGUUUGGUGUUAGGACCAGUUAUCUGGCUCAGAGACCAGUAUCUGGAUCAGAGACCAGUCUGGAUCAGAGACCAGUCUGGAUCAGAGACCAGUCUAUACAGGUUUGGUGUUGGGACCAGUUAUCUGGCUCAGAGACCAGUCUGGAUCAAGGACAUGGAUCUCAUGAUCUCUCUAGGAAUCAUCUUGGGAUUGAUGGCCCAUACCUGUGCUCUACCUAUCCAGAAUUCAUCAGUGAUACAAGAAACGAAAAGGAGGUUGAAAAGAGAAUACUCGGAGGCGCUUAAAGGUUCAGGAGAAAUGAAUGCAAUGGACAGGAUCCUGAGAACCAAUGGGAGACAAGGCAGCCCUAGAGUCCGAGGCCUGUCCUUCAGGGAAGGAGACAUUGCCAGCUCCUACAAUGUACAUAGACGCAGCGCCAUAACCUGCCCUGGUAACUCCUGUCUGUGGCCCAAGUCAGUGGAUGGAUUUGUCUACGUUCCCUACAUUAUCUCUCCACAAUAUGGCAAGUAUCUGUACAUUUUUGGUAACAGUUGGGAGUUUAAUAUUAUUUUUUUUGAUUUGACAGACGACAUGGACAGAAUCACCAUUGAGAUGGGAAUGCUAGACAUCUUACUUAAAACGUGUGUGAAAUUUGUUCCGCGCAGCCAUGAAACCAACUACCUGGAUAUACAGCCCAGGUUUGGUUGCUGGUCAUUCCUGGGUAUGACUGAAGGACCUCAGCCCCUCUCCCUGCAGUCCCCUGGGUGCAUGUGGUCUGGAAUCGUCUCCCAUGAACUCAUGCACGCUCUGGGCUUUGUGCACGAGCAGUCCCGUUCUGACCGGGAUCGGCAUGUUUCUAUCAUAUGGGAAAACAUCAUGAAGGGUCAGAAGCAUAACUUUAAGAAGUACCAGACAAACAACCUCAACACUGUCUAUGAUUACGGUUCCAUCAUGCACUACGGCAGGUAUGCCUUCUCAGAGGACGGUGGCCCAACCAUUAUCCCCAAACCAGAUCCCAACACUCCUAUUGGUCAGCGAGAUGGACCCAGUGUUCUGGACAUACAGAAGAUAAACCGACUGUAUGAAUGUGGUGGCCUGGUGUAACUCCGAUGAAGACCACAAUCCGCUUACAAACUGAUGGAACAAAUCACUUCCUGUUUUUACCGAUGCACAUUUUAAUCAUGUUUAUGAAACUUAAGAUCGGAGAACGUGUCAAUAAAGUCCGUUACAUGUU